AUGCAAGAGAUAUGCAACACCGCAUUGCCUCUUGACACUAACCCGCUAGUGCGCAAGAUAAAAUGCGAAGAGUUUCCAACCAUAAGAGGGAAACAAGCCGUCAGAGUUGGCAUGGGGGUGCGCGAUGAGAUGGAAGAGGAUUUCGCGGUGAAGACGAGGAACACGCCACCGAUGGGGCCCGCGCCGGGACAGGAGCACCCGCGGAUGGAACAUGGCGGCAAUGGGUUCUGGCUCGCCGCGGUCACAGCGGCUGGAGCGCCCCACCCGAUGCUGGAGACGUGUACGGAGACCGGCUUCAUAAACAGUCAACCCUCCAUGGCUGAGUUUAUGACCGCCCUCCCCCAAUUGGGAGCGGGAGAGCUCAGUCCCCAACACACACCGCCGGGAUACCCUCCCGACCUUCCUUCCCCUGGUGGAGGACUCAAUGUUCCUGAGUACCCUUGGAUGAAGGAGAAAAAAACGACGAGAAAGAGCAGUCAACAAGAAAAUGGCCUCCCGCGAAGACUACGGACCGCGUACACGAAUACCCAGUUACUGGAGCUGGAGAAGGAGUUCCACUUCAACAAGUAUUUAUGCAGGCCGAGAAGAAUCGAGAUCGCUGCGUCACUAGACCUCACUGAAAGACAAGUGAAGGUGUGGUUUCAAAACAGACGAAUGAAACACAAGAGACAAACGCUGAGCAAAAGCGAGGACGGUGAUGAUAAGGACUCCACUACGUCCGAAGGUGGCAAGAGUUCAAAGACUGGCCUCGACAAAUUCCUAGAUGACGAUGGACCACUAUCGGGCAAGAAAAGCUGCCAGGGCUGCGAACUUCCUCCGGGCGCACUAUGCUCACCAGCAGAAGACUUGCCAGAACUCGCAUCUCGCACACGAAAUAAUAACACGCCCAGUGCAACAAAUAACAACAGCUUCGCGAGCGAUGGCGCUUCCAGCGUAGCCUCAUCUUCCUCCCUUGAUAAGUUAGCCGAAGACGACUCCAGGGACGCUCAUCCGCCCAUCAAUACAGUGCCUGCAGCCCCUAGGGCCUUAGCAAAACGAAUCAAGCAAGAAUCACGCAAACGCUCGCCUUCUUUAGACGCCAAAGUCUCACCAUCUUCUUCUAAAGAUGGCCUAGGAAUGACAGGUCUGCCUGAUGGCGCGAAAUAUUCUUCAGUUAAUUUGACUCCGUCGUCCACACCGGGUACGCCAUCGGGCAUGCAUCAGAGCCCUCUUGGUCACUACCCUCGACCUUCACCUCCAAAUGCAACUCCAGGUCCACCUCAUCCUCAAGCCGUGCCCAAUGCUAUGCCUCCCUAUGUUAUUAGAGGAAAUGCACCACCGGGACAAUUUGUACCCCAUCCUGAUUUCCGCAUGGAUUCAAAGCAAUUCGUUGGUAAACUAUCACAAUACCCACAAAGUAACCGUAGCUACGAAAGUUAUGGUGCUGCGAUUCAAACCCCCGACCAACACGUUUACGGCCGGAAUCAGCACACCAGACAGCCUGACGGAUCUCCAGCUAGGCCUUCAAAUGGAAUAGGAUCAAGGCAAGCUUACCCACAUGAAAUGUACCAAAAUUAUGGCUAUCCAGCAUAUGGAAAGGAUCAAGUGGGCUACGGACAUCCCGGAUACGAUCAACCACAAAAUUACGGGGAGCACAUGGCGUAUCCGAACACUCAUUAUGGCUAUCAUUACCACGAUGGUCAGCACGAACAUCCGCACAACUACUAUGGCACGGAAAGUCAAAAAAAUACGCAUGGGAAUGAAUAUGCGAAGAACACCUAUUAUGACGCGAACUCAUAUAGUGCCCAGCCGGCAACAACAGCGUCUGGAUACGCUGCAGGGGCUGGGAAUGCCCCGAGUAAUGCAUCAACCGAGGCUUAUGGUAACGCUGCUGGUGAAUGCGGAGACGGGUAUGGCUCUUUCCAGCAGUUCUAUGAAGCGACUCACGCCGCCCCCGCCGGCGACAAUUCUAACUCCUCCUCAGACUUCCACUUCCUUAGCAAUCUCGCUAACGACUUCGCCCCCGAGUAUUACACCAUUUGA